AUGCACCGGUCAUUACUGAGGGUGCCUCGGCGCUAUCAGGAAGCGUCUCGUUUGUUAGCAUCGGGAACAUCUACUGCACCUCGUCAUGCAUUCCUCACGUAUGGUCGAGUACGGAGUUUGACCUCUGCCUCUCACCUCUCAACAGAACACCACCCGCCAUCAUCCUCGUCUACGCCCAAUGCCGCCCCAGCUGAAGAGCCUGAGACGCAGAAGUCUCAACAGAGCUCCGAACCUUCACAGCACAUUCCCUGGUAUCUCCAGGAAGAGAGCCCCGUUCCCGCAGCGUCCGAGAUUAACCCCCGAGAGAAGCUCCCAGAGCUCCCGGAAAAUUCACCCAAGAUCCUACCAGAACUCCUAGAAUACGUCUUCAAAGACCUUGGUCUUGACGAACUCAAGUUGAUCGACCUGCGGGCGUUGGAGACGCCCGCGGCUCUUGGAGCAAACGUCAUUAUGAUCGUAGGAACUGCGCGCAGCGUCAAACAUCUCAAUGUUUCUGCGGACCGUCUCUGUCGCUGGCUGCGAAGCGAGUAUAAAUUGUCACCUUACGCGGAUGGGUUGUUGGGAAGGAACGAGCUGAAGAUCAAGCUUCGGCGAAAGAUGAAGCGAGCUAGGAUCGCUAGUCGGACUGGAGCGAUGUUUGACGAUAAGGACGAUGGGAUUACUACUGGUUGGGUCUGUGUUAAUGCGGGAGUUGUGGAGAAACAUGCUGUGCCAGAGCAAGUGGAGGGUGAUUUCGAGGGAUUUGGUCCUCUCGUGGGAGGUACGAGAGUGGUUGUUCAGCUGUUCACAGCGGAGAAAAGAGCGGAGAUGGAUCUGGAGACGCUUUGGGAAGGGAGACUGGCACGCGCCCAACGAGAGAGAGAGAAACAUGCCCAUGUCGCCAAGGACGACGCACCCCAAGAGGUUCGUUAUCCCAGUUCAAUAAAUCCGUCACCAUCUGACUAUGAAUCGCCGCAUGUUCCCAGGUCGCCAAUCAGUCGUCCGCUUGAACAGAGACGACAAUUUCACAGCGGGAGCCAGCAACCGUUCUUGCGCCCGUGGCAUAACACUGUUUUUACGCGAUCAAUGUCUCGGACUCGUGCUAUUCGAACAGUGCCUCGUUCAACUAACGUGCUGCUCGAAUUUGUCAAGUCUUUGUCAAAUGAGCAAAUAAGGACUGCACUAGGCGAUUACCCACAGGACUCGAAAAAGGAAACCCACUUCGUGCAUCUCUUCAACAAUAGUCUGUCACGCGCGUCAGCGAAUAUUAAAGCCUUGGCCGAACUGCAACUCGCAUGCUACGCACACUCCCGAGGACAACAUCCCGGCUUCAGCAGAGAAAGCAUAUAUCGCGGGUUUAUGGAAUGCUGCGUCGCCGCCUCUAUGCCUAAUCACGUAGGCCUCAUGGUCAUUAAUAUCCUGCUCACUCCCCGGCAAGGAGAGGACCCAGACGGAGAAGAAUGGUUCACCGAUACAGACAAGGAAAUGGCCAUCACCGUUCUAGAUCAACUUGUUCUCAGAGGACACGACUUCAUGAAUCUGCAGUUUUUCGCCCGCCUAUACCACCUGUCUUCUCUGCCCCCCGCCCCUCUAGGAGCAGAAGGAAGCGACGACGGCCUGAUCCCAGCAGAGAGGGGUACCCGUGUCGUCCGUAUGAUCGAGACCCUCGAUAUUCCCUUCAACCCAACCCAUGCUCGAACCCUCAUGGUCUCCCUCUUCAACAAUGGCGACUACGAGAACUUUAUGAAAUGGUGGCGCAAGCUACCUCUAAAGGAAAGUCCUCGGACGUAUGACGACUACGUCUUGCUUUUUCGACUACAUGCCGAGUCGGGCACUUCGGCUCAAGCUCGAGAGUGUAUAAAUACUUGGGUUCCCAUGAUGAGUCGCGAGAGCCCCCCGAUUCCAUUCGGGCGCUAUUUAGCGGAGAAUCUCUCGCGCUGUAUAUUACUUGCAGAUAAGAAAACUCCGGCUAAAGCUGCGCAGGGCGUUCAGAGUCUUCUUACAAAGUUGUGGCGGCGGUGUGAGAGCAAGAAUCGGGCUGUGGAUGAGGAUGAGUGGAGACAGGAAUUGGAACAGCGUGGCUCUAGUAGUUGA